AUGCACGGUACUAUUCUGAACUAUCGGAGGUUUCCCCGCGGGUUCUCUGAGUCUACUCCUCAGCCUGAAAACUAUCUUCGAAGUACGACAACGCUUCAUUACCAUAAUAAUCACUGGCGGCUGGCAUUGCAACGACAGAUGACUCUAAAGGCUAAGACGCAAGGUCAGAAGGCCACCGGCAUGGAGAAACCGAAGAUUCCAGACGAUAAGUUAGCGAAACAUGUUCAUGAGCUCUAUCCCAAACGAGCCUUUGUAGGCUCCAAAUUUGUGGGAUGGACUGCUUUUGCAGACAUUCUCAUCGGUAUGGAGGUGAACCCAAACGAAAACAGACAGCGAAAAAUCAGGUGCAAGGUAGAACAGCUUCGCAAGCCUGGACAUAAGUUCAGUCUCAGAGAGCCAGCGGAUGUCGAGAAGACCAUGACAGCUGAGCUUAACCGUACCAAGGAGACUAUUUGUAGAAACCAAAAAGCAGCCGUUCAGGCCAAAGAGGGCCCUAAAAAGACAAAUGACGCUGGUCAAUCCAUUUCAUCAAUCCUUCUGGGUCAUAGGUUAUCUGAGAUGAAGAAACAGGCAGCUCAAGGUGGGAAUUGGAGGUCGAACAAGAGUGCAGUCUCACCAACAAUGCCUCAAUCUGGAUCGGCAAAUUCGCAAGGUGCAUCUAAUACGGACGUUGAGUCACGGACUUCUUCUGCUCUCCAGGACUACGUUACAUCCGGGAGCGACUCCGAGAGUGAUUCUGAUGACGAAUCAGGCACAGUCAGCAUACAGGAAAGUGACGAUGAGGAACCAGAUUUUAGUCUCAUGGACGAACUGAUGCCAAGCUCCAACCAGACCUCGGAUUCAGAUAGCAAACUUCAGGGUCCCCGACGAGACAUUGGGCAUGGGCCGCUUCUGUCACAAAGCAUCGUCGUUGAGCACGCCAGAGAUCUUAUUCCGCAGUACGCAUUCCUAGGCUGCCUACAGGAUGAGACAUUUGCAGAAUCAGCCGCCGUCAAAGUCUUUCAUAACACAAACGUCCCAUUCUCUACAUUUGUCUGCGGAGUACAGGGUAGUGGCAAGAGCCAUACCACGGCAGCACUGUUGGAGAAUGCCCUCAUUCCUUCCAAACAUCUCGGACGCCUGAGAGCUCCUGCUUCGGCACUUGUCUUCAGCUAUAGCGAUUGGGCUGACGGUGGCGUUGGGUUCGAAAUCAGUGAAGCGACCUACCUCGCAGAAGCUUUGCCUGCUUACCCGGGGGCCCAUGUGAAGAGGGUCACGGUGCUUGUAUCGCCCUCGAACCCAGGGAUUAAGAAUUGCUACAUGGGCGCCAACAUUCGCGUUAUACCUUUUAAGCUAGAUGCAAAGGCUCUGAAUAUAAGUACCCUUCUCACGCUCAUGGCCGUCAACGAGACAUCGAAUACACCUCUGUACAUGGCUAGGGUAGAAGCCAUACUGCGGUCCAUCGCCACCAACAGCCAGGAUGGGUCAAUGGACUACAAGCUGUUCAAAACUUUGUUGGCUAGGGAAAAGUUCGAUCCUACACAGCGUACGAUGCUAGACAUGCGUCUCAAUUUGCUAGAGUCCUUUUUAGACCUCACCGGUCAGGUCCCCGAUUUGGAAUACCUGCCCGGGGAGAUGACAAUCAUGGACUUCUCCGAUCCCUUUGUUACCCCAAAUACAGCCUGCAUUCUUUUCAAGCUAGGAUUAGAUCGCUUUGUAAAUUCAUCCCAAAGCACCGCAAAGGUUGUUGUACUGGAUGAAGCGCACAAGUACAUGCUCGAUUCGCCCGGCGCGGAAUUGCUUAGCAAUCGGUUGAAAACAGCUAUACGCCUUCAGCGACAUUGGGGUGGGCGUGUGAUCAUCUCUACACAAGAGCCCACAAUAUCAACUGAUCUCAUUGCACUAUGCUCGCUCACUGUGAUUCAUCGUUUCACAAGCCCAACAUGGUAUGCCGCCUUGAGACAGCAUAUCAGUGCAAUGGGCGGUGAUGAUAGGGCCAUUAUGCGCCGGAUUGAGGAAUUGGAGACUGGUGGAGCACUCGUGUUUUCUCCGAGCGCUGUACUUGGGAAGGACGAUGAAGGGGCUCCGGUCAAAGCCACUGGCCGUCUAAUGGGACUUCGCAUACGAAAGAGGAUUACGAAGGACGGUGGAGAGUCUAUCAUGGCUGUUUAA